AGUGGUUGAAAACAAUGGCACCCCACAGUUGUAAAGGCUGUUUAAGGGAUAUUAUUGCAAGGAUGUCCAGUGAAAAUAAAGGAAUACCAAUGGAAGUCAAUGGAAUCGAAGGAAAUGGCAUAACCGAUAAUCCAUUCAUGUCUGUUAUAGGCAUGCCUUGGUUCGGCAUGGACAUCGGAGGCACCCUUUGCAAGCUGGUUUACUUUGAACCGAAGGACAUAUCGAAAAACAAAAACGACGCGGAGGUCGAACAGACCCUACGCAACAUUAGGAGGUAUUUGACCAAAAAUUCCGCCUACGGCAGCACUGGACACCGAGACAUACACCUUCAGAUGGAUAAUGUGUCGAUAAGAGGAAUAUUGGGCACCUUACAUUUCAUUCGUUUUCCCACAAGUGAAAUGAAGAAUUUUCUGGUUUUGGCAAAAUACAAGGGUAUGGCUAAAUUGGUUUCGACAGUGUGCGCAACAGGUGGUGGCGCUUAUAAAUUCGAAGAGGACUUUAAACGUGAAGUUAACAUGAAAUUGGCUAAGUUUGACGAGUUCGAGUCCCUGUUGAAGGGUUUGCAGUACAUUGACGCUCGCAGCCCGACGGAGUGCUACUAUUGGGCGAAUCCCACCGACGAAUCUAAAUGCACAAAAGUUAACUACGACUUUUCGAAACCGUAUCCCUUUUUAUUGGUCAACAUUGGUUCCGGCGUCAGCGUAUUGGCCGUGUACUCCGAAAAAAACUACAAGAGAAUUUCCGGAACAAGUAUUGGAGGUGGUACAUUUUUGGGUUUGUGUUGUCUACUAACUGGUUGUAAUUCGUUCGAAGAGGCUAUCGAAUUGGCAGCCGAAGGUGACCACACGCACGUCGACAAGUUGGUAAGAGACAUCUAUGGAGGCGAUUACGAAAAAUUUGGACUACCAGGCGACUUGGUCGCAAGCAGUUUCUCGGCCUUGUGUAGCUUUGGUCAGAUGAACUCGCGCGAGCGGCGCAGCAAGGUGAGCAGGCAGGACUUGGCGCGCGCCACCCUCGUCACCAUCACCAACAACAUCGGCUCGAUCGCUCGGAUGUGCGCCACCCAGGAGAAAAUCGAGAACGUGGUGUUUAUCGGCAACUUCCUCCGCGUGAAUCCCAUAGCCAUGAAGAUGCUGGCCUACGCGAUGGACUACUGGUCGAAGGGCACCAUGAAAGCGCUGUUCUUAGAGCACGAGGGCUACUUUGGCGCAGUCGGGUGUUUGUUGCAGUUCCACGAGGAUUUAAAAAGUUGAGUGUACGGAGUUUCCGUAAUUUUAUUAUGAACAUUCCAAUUGGGGGACCAGUACAAAACUACAUCUUUUGGGUGAAAAAGUCGGAGGCAUUUUUUGUAUGUUUUAAGUUGUAUUAUUUAUUUAUUUAACAGAUUUAACAGAACGGUUUAGUGUCGUGGUGUAAAUAUACGUACGCAAGGUUUUACCAUAAUAUUACUAAAUAUUUUCAAAUAGAUAAUAGAAAAUUUGUAAUAUUUACAUAUGUACAAUUGUUAUAUUUUAUACAAUACUAUAUUUUCUUAAGUUUCAUGUUAUGUUAAAAACAUAUCCCAUGCUACAUUAGUUUAUAUAUAUUUACUUCAAUGUUUUAUACAAUUUAUGUUAAUUUUGUUUGAAAUGGUUAAAUGUGUGUGCUAGUUUUGCUUACUUUUAUAAUAAUAAUUAUAAUUAUUUGAUACCCGUUUAGAAAACUAGAUAUAGCACCAUGCUAUUUAUAUUUAAUAAAGGUGUCGGAAAAAGAAGCACUUUCAAGAUGAGGGAAUAAGUAUAAAAUGUUGCACAGUUUAGAUGUAAUAUUUGAUUUUUAA